GGGAAAAUGUAUGGAACAUUCUUAUAUGUGAUAGUCACGUCAUUCUUAGCCGUCUGGGAGAUCAGAAGGGUUACAUAGGAUACUUUAAAGUGAUGAUUCUGUGUAGGGAGACUUAAUAAUCAACCAUGGCCGACUACGAACGGAUACCCGGAUUUGUUUCCGGAGGCUUUGAUAUGUACCAGAGCGGCCGAUUUUAUAGCGAGAAACAGAAAUAUAAACAGUUGUUAGCGUCGCACGAACGCAGAAAAGAAAGGUAUAAAAGGCGGGACAGACACGGCAAAGAUCAGAAGAACAGGCGACCGGAAGAGGACAUCGUCAGAACCGGAAGUGAGGAGGAAUAUGAAAAGCCGGUUCGACAACGCAGGAACACGCGAAAAAGGAGCAUGCGCAAACGUGAUGACGAAUUAAUGGCGUCAAUUGAACGCCGGGAGUGGAUCUUACGGCAACAAAUGGAUAGAAAUAAACAUUAUUUGUCUCCCAAAGAUACAAAAAUACCCGGUGAUUAUUCUUAUCGGUCACCACGUGAUAACCCGUCAUACUCUCUAACAAAAAUGGCUGACUCCGAACCUCCGGUUUACCAUGCCGCGGAACCCGUAUAUCCAGUGGAUUCGGUGCAACGUCCGAUAUUUGCUAGACACCCCGAACUUCCGGUAAUCCCUAGUAAACCGAGGUAUUAUACUCAUGUUCCACUCCCUGAACACGUAGAACGUGUAGGACAGACGGACGGAUUUGAUGCCGGACGAGAGGACGCCCGUAACAAACGAGCAUCAGUUUUAAACAGAGUUGAGAAACUUCUAAACGAUAUGAAUCGGCAAAUGAACGAAGGUGAUAUUAUUUUAAAAUCGAAAUCAAAACGAGGUCAUAAGACGGAGUAUGUAAAAAGGAAAGAUGAUACGGAUUCCGGAGAUGAUAAUUACGUAUUUGUGAAAACAACUGUUACGCCGACCCCAGCAUCAUACGCGGAAUCCCAGUCUGAUGUCGAUGUUACUCUCCCAAGUCUUCCUGCCAGUUCCCUAGGGACCCAUGGAGCGUCCCGUCUGUCCUUUCCGUCUGGCGUGAAGGAAAACUCACGAUUGAUGACAUGUCGUCUGCCUUUGUUUGCUCAGUGCAUAAAUGUCAAAGGUCAAGGUCAAUGA